AUGGGGGCACUAUGUGGGAGUCAGGCACCCCUAAAGCUCAUUGUCCACAAUGAGAGGAAAACAGAACGUGUUGUAGGAGGGAACGAUGCCAUUCCAAACAGCUGGCCCUGGCAGGUUUCUUUGCAAUUCUCUUAUGAAUAUGAUGACGCCUACUUCUAUCACUCCUGUGGAGGCACCAUUAUUCACUCAACAUGGGUCAUGACAGCAGCCCACUGUGUUGAUAGCCCUCAAGGGAAAGUUUACCGUGUAGCUUUGGGGGAGCACAACCUUUUUGAAAACGACGGCUCUGAAAUGAUUAUUCCAGUGGAUAAAAUCAUUGUGCACGAGCUCUGGGACCCGACUCAACUUGGCAAGGGAAAUGAUAUUGCCAUGCUGAGGCUAAAGACCCCUGCCUUCGAUAAUGGCUAUGUCCAGCUAGGCAAUCUGCCAGCGUAUGACGAAAUCGUACCUCAUAACCAAGCGUGCUACAUCACAGGGUGGGGCUUGACUCAAUCCGGUGGCAGCAUUCCUGCAAUCCUCCAGGAAGCUAUUCUUCCCGUGGUGGAAUAUCCCAUCUGCUCCAGGGACAACUGGUGGGCUCACUUUGUCAGGAACACCAUGGUGUGCGCUGGUGGAGACGGAUUCACAGCCGGAUGUCAGGGUGAUUCAGGAGGUCCUUUGAACUGCUUCAGUGAUGGGGCCUGGCGUAUCCAGGGUAUUGUUAGCUUCGGCCCAGCUCCUUACUGCAACACCUUUAUGAAGCCGACCGUCUUCACCCGUGUAUCAGCUUUCACAGACUGGAUCUAUAAUGUAAGUUUCUAA